AUGAAGCGACAUAAAAUAUACAGCAAUGGAGCUUAUGAUGUUUCUGGAGAACUUGUUCACUUUUUGUUGACUACAAGUCUGACACAAAUAGUUGCAUUUCUUUUCCUGCGCUCGCCCCGCGGGACGGAGCGAGGCGGCUCGGAGGUGCGGGCGGGCGGAAGCGUUUGCGGGUUUCGCCCCGAGUCGGGUCGAGCCGGGCCCGGCUCCUCCUUUCCGGUCCCGGCUCGGCAGCAGAGUGCGCGCCCCGGCCGCGCUCGUGCCCGGGCCCCCGUCCUGGGCUCGUCGUGUUCUGGUUCCGGACGCGGAGCGGAGCGCACCCGGCGCCCGGCGCCCUCCUCCAGGUUCAAACCAAGCGAAGCCGCACUGUUGUCUCCGGAGCGGCGCGGGGAGCGAGCUGCAGACCGAGAGCUGCGGCCUCGGCCCGGCUGGCUUCCGCAGACCCGGCCCUGCUCUCCGGGGGCCGAGACCCGAGCGCGAAGGGCAUCGCCGUAACAGCGCGCACAGAUCCACGCGGGAACGCGCACCGCGGGGCACGCUAACUUCAGUUAAAAACCCGGUAACAUCUUCCCGUCUCAGGAUGGCAGCGCACGCAGGAUGUUGUGAUAGACUCCUGGAUAAAGCUGUGCUGUUGCCCGGUGUAUUUCCUACAACGGGCCAGCCACGUCAACGGGAACGAAGAUGGUACCAUGCACUGAGAAUCUGCCCUGUUCUGCGCUGCGGGCUGAGUACUUUACCUGUAGUAUUUCAUGUAGCAUUAACAACAGUCCUCUGAGGUUCCAUUAUAUGAGAAGAUGGGAGCUGAGAGAGAGAGAGAGAGAGAGGGAGAGAGAGAGAAGAGGCUGCUGAAGAAGCACAUGAGAAGCACAUGGCCAUGUUGUGCGCUGUUCCAUGGAGAGGCUCAUGUGGCAGGAUAGUGUGGAUGGCUUCAAGGAGCUGAGGACAGCAUCCAGCAACAGAGCAAGGAAGAAGCCAAGGAGCCAAGGAGCUGGUGCUAUAGCUAUAAAAGAAUGAAUUCUGCCAACAGCAUGAAUAAACUGGGAAAUAGAGCUGGCCUGAGCUGACCUGUAGGUGAGAAUAUAGUUCAGACAACACCAGACUGCAGCUUUAUGCAGUCCUGAGCAGAAGGCCCAGAUAAUUCAGGACUGGAUACCUGAUCAUUGAAGCUGUGAUUAAGAAUGAACCUUGUGCUGCUGGGCGUGGUGAUGCAUACCCGUAAUCCCAGACUCAGGAGGCUGAGGCAGGAGGAUUGCCAUGAGUU